AUGGAUCUAAAGGAUGAAAAUUACAAUGCAUCACUCACCUAAAUUGAGUUGAGUGUUGAGGCACUUACCAAUAUUCUUUAUUAUUAAGAAUUUUUUAAAAGAAUAUCAAGGUUUUUAAGUUUAAAGGAUGUGUUAAAUCUUGGAUAAACUUGUCGUAUUUUAAAUGAAAUCGUUGAGGUUUAAUAUGAAUAAUUUAUACGUAGAAACAUUAAGAAUUCUUUGGAGAGAUCUAUUAUAAAUUAUUUCUUAAUGAAUAACUUGAAAUGGCUUUGGAUUUAAACUACCCAGAUAUACAGUGUAGAUAAUAGAUUAGGUUAUCGAACUUUGACAAUUCUUGCAUCAAUUGGAAGAGUUAACUGUCAAAAAUGAUUUUAACAAAGUAAGUUAGACUUAAAAUUAUAAUAGAUAAACUUUGAAAUUUCCAUUUAUCCUAUGCGAUGUUGUGUUUCCCAAGCCCAUCUUAACGAGAGAAACAAUAGGAAUCCAUUGCGAAUCCGAGUUUCAAAUCAUGUUAGCGUAACGCUUAGAACUGGAACAAAAAGGGUUUGACAAGCUAUUUGACUAUUAAUUUAUUUAGAAUGAAGUAAUUUUAUAAUCUUAUCGAAACCUGUAGUUGAUGAAUGAACUAAAGCAAAAUAAAUGCUAAAUUUUGACACAAAUGCAGGCUAAGUUAUAACACAAUGAAAAACUUAAAAGUUAAUUUUUAGAGUAUCGAUGGAGUUUGUAGGAUGAAUAGUGUGAAUUUAAACAAUUCAACUUCCAAAAGAUAGACAUAGUCGAAUAAGAUCAUGAAGGAAAGGUGGAACCAAUCGGAGAAGAAUAGAUUUGCAUCUUUAAUUUAAUGAAAGAAUUUUAUACUUCUGUGGAGUGUUAUUUGGAAGGGUUAUAGAAGUAUUUUAGUGUAUUUAUAAAUGUUAAUACUAUCAACAGUAUUGAUUUGCUUUGUGAAUAUGUAAUGUAUUGGCAAGCUUAUAGCAACGCCAUCAUGGAUUUGUCAACAUUAAUCUAUCCCUUCGAGAACAUCAUUAAUGAGUUACAUCAAAACUUAUUCCCAAAGUACCCCUAAUAUCCAAAAUUUUCAGUUUGGAGAGUAAUGACGAAAUUGUGGAUAAAACAUGUAAACUUCAAAUUAAUCAAAAGAUAAUUCGAAAUCAAUAAUUCUAAACUAUAUUACUAGAAUGUUUUAUUCGUCUGCUCUCUGCUUAAAGACAACAAAUGUUCAAAAAAGAAUUUGAAUAAGGAGUUAAUGACGAUCUAGAAAAUGCUCAAUCUUUUUAAAUUACUUACGAAAUAUAUGAUAAUUUCCUACUUAAAUAAAAGAAUAGUUGCAAAGAUCAAUUUUAAAUUGAUACUACUCAUUAAGUUUAUACUGAAGUUGUAGAUUUAUUAAGAAGCUUUUGUCGAUGUGUCUAGGACAUAUCUAUUAGUGAGGUCAAUCAUAAUGAUUAACUUAGGUAUCCGUACAUUGGGUAGGUCACAAAGACUGUUGUUAUGAGGAAUUUUAUGAAUAGUUGAGUGAGAAGGUAUAAUAUGAAUCCAGUUUUUAUUAUGAUGAGAGCAGAUAAGUAUUUGGAUCAAAUAUUAUUUCAUUUAUGGAGUUUAUCAAAUUUGAUAAGGAGUAAAUUCAUAAUUAUGUAAAUCUAGAUUCUUAUAGUAAAUUUUGCCUGAACCUCUAAUAUUCAAAAUAGAGAAUCUUCAGAGAGAACAUAUCUAUACUUCCUUGUAUUACUUUUUAGAAGUUUCUUAUCUUUAGAAAUUUGUGUAGACCAACAAGGAUCAAAUCAUGUUGAUUUACCAAAAUUCUAAGCCUAAGUCUCCUAAAUAAGAGCGGAAUUCAAAUACAUCCUCUUAAAAUAAUGAACAUCUUGAAACUCAAGGUGAUUCUAAUUUAAAUGAUGCUUAAAAAUUCUUUAAUUUGUGUUUGGAAAACAGCAAUUUAGAUUUAGAGGAGCUUUUAAUUAAAGAGAAAAGCAAAAAUCAAUCAGACCCAUUGUCAGAAAUCAUCAAAGUUGCACUUUCUUAGAUGAAUCUUGAUUCAUUAUAGAAUUUAGAUAAUAUUGAUCAAUUUGAAUCCUAAAAAGAUUUAUUUGAUUUUAGUAGGACUCAUAAAAUACACAGAUCGUUUUCAAAUACUAGAUGUAAGACAUUUCCAAAUAAUAUAUAUUUAAGUGGAUGCAGAACAAACGGAAGUCCCUGAAGAAGUGAUCAAGGCAGCAAAACAGUUUCUAUUAAUUGAUGCUCAAUUUUCUAAACUCUAUCUCGUUUUCACUGAAUAUUCCAAUUACUAUGAUAAAAUGUUGAUCUAAGUUAUUACAAAAGACAGAGAUGUUGAAUUAAUAAACAAUGACAGAAAAGUGCCUAGAGUAAGUGGAUUAAACAUAUCAUUAGAUCCUACCUGAAUAUCUGUAAAGCUUUUAUUAUGUUUCUAACUACUUGACUUAUUCUGUACUCGAGGAAAAUAUUGUGGAAGAUCAAGAAGAUGAAUUUGAAGAUUUAGAUUAACCUCCAAAUCUCUCAAAAGACCCAUCCAAAUUGAAAAGUAUAAGUUAUAAUAAAUAGAAAAUUCUGUUCAAUUUGAGUAUUAUUACUCGGAAGGAGAAGAUGAUCAUAGCUAAAGCAACGGAGCUUGAUUAACAGUAGUUUAAAU